UCCAGAUCCGAGUGAUCAACGAAAAGACAAUUUUAGUAGAUUAUCUCGGAAACCGGUCGAACAGGUUAGGCCGUCCUCCAGGCUGGUUAGCGCUUUAGCUGCCUUUAGGGUUCAGUCUGGUUCUCCAGUAAAGGUCCACCUAGAAAUCCUUAUUACUCGUCGCUGCAUGGCCCAAUGCGUGUUCUUGGUCUCGUAGCCGCGCUGCCACCGUUCAGCCUCUGUCAAUUCGUUUUCCCCCCUUCUCGUCGUUGUCGUCGCUUUGCUGCCUUUCUUUUUGCUUUAUAGCUCGUCGGGGCCUUUGUCGGGGGCCUUCUUCACCCAGUUCCGGCCCUGCGCAUCUCCCUUGCCUCUUACACGUGAGGCUUCUCUCACCGUCCAUCUUUACGGCCCAAACUUUGUAUUCUCAUCUGCCGCGUGUGCCUUCUUGCCUCGUGUCACAUCUCUGUUCUUUCUUCAUGGCAUCCACAUCUGCUCCUCCUCCAUCUUCCUCAUCUCCUUGGCCCCCAGAUCCAAUCCCUCCUGUCGGUUACCUUAGUCGGAAGGCACUUCCCAUUAAACGUAAUGACGCAGAGUCUCUCACGCGCGAGGACGUGCAGUACGAUCUCCUCAAUCAUAUUUUCUCCGACCAGACUGCCGUUUUCACUCCCCAGACUCCCGGGAAGGCUUCCAAGCUCGCCUUCCGCGACCUCUACAUCAAUGCCCUCUACAACUCCAGUAAAUGCUCAAAGGUCCUCAAAGAGAAGAUGGUCGAUACCCCCGCCUUCGCCCUCGAAUUCGCCAAGAUAUGCCUCCUCACUAAUGUCGGAAGAAUAAACACCACAAUGGCCUUCUUUCCAGAGAUGAAGACCGCUUUGCGAACAUACCACCCCGUUCCCUCUCUUCAAAAGACCGACGGCAAUGCUCAAGAUGCACCGCGUAUCAAGAAUUGCCUCAAGGCCGCGUUACUUCCAUCUGAACUCAAAACUCUGCCUCCUUCCAGUCCGGACGAGAUUCUUCUCAAACUGCGAUCGGGGAAACGACCUCCGACAAGUGUCGUAAACUUAGUCUUUGUACUUUCCAAUCACGCAGCCCCUUUAGCCCGAGUUCAUUUCGAUGGAACAGUUAAUUUCCUAGAUUUCUUUCUACCCAAGCCGUUGGCCUCUGCUGAUCGAGCUAGAGCUUUUCUGUGGUUUAUGUAUCACUAUCUCGAAUCUCCAACAGGUUCUAAUCCUUUCGAUGACGACUAUUCGCGGAAGCACCUCAACAUGGCACCAUAUCUACGGUCCUUGAACCAAAGAGAAGCUUCGAGAGAGAAUGUGGAUACCGAGGACGAGAUCAUAUGGGGAAAUAUGAUGUCUAACCAACGGAACAUCUUCCUCCAUAAAUUGGUGUCGUCGAUGGAAAGUGAUAAAAAGGCAAAGCCUGUGGCACCACACUUUGUUCCUGCCGCACCCGAGGCGUCGUCCUCGAUGGGACAUCGACCAGGUCAAGAACCUUCCCGGGACGAAGCACCGUUUAUGUUUUACGUCCCAGGGCGUGAGCCGACGCCAUCGCGUGAGGUGAAUGAACAAGACACCCCCCUCUUACUCCCGGACUCCCGUCAUAAUCGUCGACACCAAUCGGAGCAGCACCAGCAAAACCAGCCUCCGACAGCCCCACCACAGUAUAUUCGACACCGUCAGCCACCUCAGCAACCACUGCCACGACAUCAAACGAUUCCCAUCAGGCCUCGGUCACAUAUUCGUACCUAUAGCGCACCUAUUUCGCGGCAAGAAGAAGGUCGACCAAUAGUGCAGCAGGCCUUCCACAUGGCCCUGAACUCCGACCCUCUACUGGACUCAGACGAAGAGAACGCGGACGACAACCUCCGGGUAGACUACCGACGGCGGCUUGAUGUUCUCACACGCAUAAGAGGAAGACCACCCACACCUGAUCUAAUUCCACCACAAGAACAGCACUUUUACAGUGCAAGGCUCCCCUAAAUACGUGUAUCUAUAUUGCAAUCAUCACUACGCAUAUGCCCUGUAAAUCGUAUGUUGUAUGGCCAUGGAUGGACGAUCCAAAAACUGGGCUUGACGAAUGUAGAAACAUCAUGUUGCAUUGGACAAUUCUAUUCUGUAUUAAUAAUACUAGGACCUGCCCAUAAACCAG